AUGGGAUACCCUGAACCCACUUACAUUUGGGAGGAAUUGAACAUUGAGACAGCUGAAUCAAUGGGACAAGUAAGACCUGAAGCUUCUCCUCCCUUAAAUGGUAUGCCAGGAGAGAAAAUAUUCCUAUGUAAGGCGAAGAACUCGUUUGGAGAAGAGGUCAAAGACACCCCCAGAAUAACUGUACUGAAAGGAACAGGAACGGGUCUGUGUGGAAUCUUCUGCGGACCAUGUCUGUUAUGCAUGGUUAGCAAGCGUAUCGGGGAGAACAUGUGUGUUGGAUGCUGCGUCCCUGGUGGCAUCAUUGCCCUUAGAGUACGACUCAGGUCUCUCUUGGGAUCCAGGAGUGCUUCAAUAACCCCUCAACAAAAACCUGAAUUAGCGAUCUUUAAUCUUCCCGAGUCAACUAGCGUGAACGAUCUUUUAUCCAAUGGCCUUGGUUUUAAAACGGAUGAGUUACAAAUAGGCCCUGCAAGGCGCGUAGGAAGCGUUCGAGUUGGAGCAACGAGACCUAGAGUCACCAUACUACCAGUAAAAAACAACAAUGACCUCCACAAAAUUUUAAAGCAGAAGCGUGUGUUAAAAAACACUGCCAAGUUUAACUCAGUGUAUAUCAAUGUUGCAAAAUCUCCUGAAACUCUGAGUCAGGAGCGCUUAAUGCGCAGAAUGAUUAAUCAGUCUGUGCAAUCUCACGUUAAAUCACUACAGGGAAAUGAAACUCAACAUGUCUUGAAUUCGGCACAGCAGAAUACAACAACACCGAGUGUGAUUGAGAUCCCGAGUCAACAACGCUCUUCGCCAACCCCAGCAUCGUUACGUAUGAAUGCUUCUCAAGAACCCAAGCCCAAUUCUAGAUCCAAACCCAAUCCCAAGGCCACACAACCCAACCGUAAAGGGGCCUCAAAAAGCUCCCCGUUAAUGCCAAUAAUAGUCAACAAUAGGAUAAAUUGGUCACAGGCUUUUGGAACGUAA